UGAAGAAUAAAUAUUUUUAAGCAGUUUUGUUUUCUCCGAAACGUUAAAUCUUAAUUUGCAGGAAUCAUAUCAAACAAAUAGAUGGAACUACUUGACGACUCUUCUCCGGAGGAUGAGGAUGUCUUCCAUUUCGAGACCGAGCACCUGGCCCUUCGUGGCAACCAAUGCUACGCCAACUUGUUGCGCACAAUUGCGAUUUUACAGGCGCAAAGGAUUCGUGUCCACCAGCAGAUCGGUGAGCUGGAAACCACACGCAACGCAUACCUGGAGAAUCCGCAGCUAAUGCUGGACAGGCUGCGAAACAAUGAGCCGCUGAUAUCGGAUAACUACAUCAGUACGGCUGAGCUGCCGGAGCUACCAACAUUGCUGACCAGGGACGAUAUUAGAGACGCCACAAAUGAGACACCGGCGGAGAGAAAAACAUCCAUGACACAGCCACCCGACGAGGUCAAGGACAGGAGCAACGGACGGUCGGAGAACUUCAAUCGGUUGUGGACCAACGAGGAGCAGCAACGGUUAGAGCACUUGCUGAUCCAGUAUCCGCCCGAGGAAGUCGAGAUGCGGCGGUUUGCCAAAAUAGCCAAAGCGUUGGGCAACCGCACGCCCCAGCAGGUGUUUAGCCGCAUCCAGAAGUACUUCCAAAAGCUACACGACGCUGGGAUGCCAGUGCCCGGUCGUAUACCGAAGCACCGCAAGGCGGGCCUUAGCAAACACAAGGUUAACUUGCGCAGAUCCACCUUCUUUCCCGCCCACAACAUAUCGUUGCAAAUGCCGGACGACGACAGUACAUUAGACGAAAUUCGCGUUUUGUCGCCCGCCACCGAUGUGACGGCACACAUCAAAAGAGAAACAAAGACCGAGGCUGAGCCCGAUGCCUUUGAGGACGGCCUGGAUGCGGAGGCCAAGCGCAAACAGGACUUGCGCCUUAUGAUUCUCACCAGCAUACAGGGUGAAAAGCAACAGAUUGACGCAGAUGGCUACCAUCCGGAUCCACUGGCAGCAAAAUGUGCUGAGUGCGAGGAGGCGACAGUGACCAGGACGCCCUGGCGGUGCAACAGCUGCUAUUGUCAUCUGAAUCUUUGCGGCGAUUGCCUGGCCAGCCAGUUAAUCGAGGGCCGCUUCGAGCAUCUCAGCCACGAAGUAGUCGUGGAUCAGGAUACGUAAUCAAUGGGAUAUUCUUGAGUUUUUAUAGUAUGUAAAAAAAGAAGCAAGGAAGGUAAUUGCGCACUUCCAACUUCUUGAACUAGGAAAUUAAAAUAAAAGAAAGCAUAAAGAACAAA